CGUCUUUUCAUAAAAGUCUUGCAAAUAUUUGUUAAAUAUUUUAUUAAUAAUAUUAAUUUAUAAAAAAUAAAUUGUCAUAAAAUUACAGAUAAUUUUGUUGAAGCAUAAGUAAAUUUAAAAAAAUCAAAAUCAUUUAAUUAAUAACAAUUGCUAACAAUUAACAAUUAAUAUACGUUCAACAAAUUAAUAAUAAAAAAAAAAAGCGUCGUUGUUUAUGUGUUUUAUUUUUAUUGGUGCAUGUGGUAUGGCUCCAAACAAACAAGCAUCGUUGUUAUUGCAUUAGAAUUAUGUCACAUAUGUGUGUUUAUACAAUUCUCCCGCGCAAAAACGUCAGACAAAAAAAAUAAUUAUUAAUUAAUCAAGUAAUAAUAAUCAUACCAAUAAUAAAUUAAUAUUUAAUAUAAAUAUAAUAUAUUUUUCGUCGAAUUGUAAUAAUAAUUAGAAAAAAAUUCGAAUUAAAAUGUCGAAAAUUGAAGUGGCAUUUCCUCGUGAUGAAAAAGCUGAUGUUAAAAUAAUAAAAUGGAAAGUAUCAAAAGGUACAAUAUUAUCAGCUGGAAGAGUAUUGUUAUCUUAUCAAACUGUUAAUAGUAAUAAUCCUGAUGAAAAAAAAAUUGAAAAAAAAUUACGUUCAACUGAAUUUGGAAGAGUCACUGAACUUUUUGUUCGUCAGGGUGACAUUGUACAACCUGGGUAAAAAUUUUUAUAAUUAUUUAAUAAAUAUACCUUAUUGUUGAUAGAUAUUACCUUGCCCAAAUGUUGUUUAGCAUGAUGAUAAUAAAUUAGUGUUGGUAUAAUGACAAUGUACAGUGAUGAAAGAUCUAAAUGUGGUGAACGUGAAGAAUCAAGAUGUUAAUAAUAAAAAAAUAACACAAGCAAGUGUACCAAUGUUACACAGUAUACCAGAAUUAAAAGUAUGCCCAGAAUUAGCUGAAAAAAUUGGUAAAGCUGAUGAAGAAAGAUUAUUGAUGGAUAAAAAAUUAGCAUUACUUGUUGAUUUAGAUCAGACAAUUGUUCAUACAACACAUGAAAAUGUACCACCAAAUAUGAAGGGUGUUAAACAUUUUCAAUUACAUGGUAAUAAUUCACAGUGGUACCACACCAGACUAAGACCUGGUACAGAACAUUUUUUAACUGAAAUGAGUAAAAUUUAUGAAUUACAUAUUUGUACAUUUGGAUCAAGAUCAUAUGCUCAUAAAGUUGCUGAGGUACUUGAUGAAAAAGGUGAAUUAUUUUCACAACGUAUAUUAUCAAGAGAUGAAUGUUUCAAUCCAGUUUUAAAAGCAGCAAAUUUACAUGCAUUGUUUCCUUGUGGUGAUGAUUUGGUUUGCAUUAUUGAUGAUCGAGAAGACGUUUGGCAAGGAUGUGGUAAUUUAGUACAAGUUAAACCGUAUAAUUUUUUUAGACAUACUGGUGAUAUUCAUGCUCCACCUGGUCUUGAAAAAAAAGAUAAAUUACGUCAAAUAAUUGAGGAUAAAAAUCAAGAAACAAAAGAUGAUAAAAUAAUUAAAGAAUCUGAAGAUGAUGCUACUAAUUUACAGGAUAAAGAUAAAAAUAUUGAAGAAAAAAUAAUUGAUCAAUCAAAAGAUAUUACAGAAAUUAAAAUAGAAGAAGAAAUUGUUAAUAAAGAAGAAGAAAAAGAAGCAAAAGUUGAAGAACAACAAGAACUAAUGGAAAGCCAAGAAAAAGUUGAAGAAGAAAUUGAAAAUAAAGACGUUGAAAUUGAUGAUGACACCAGUCGAGUAUUGGAGCAAGCUGAAGAAAUGACAAAGCAAGUUGAUGAAUCAAAUGAAUCAUCAGCAAAAGAAAAUGAUUUACCAGUGAAGGAUGAUUUAGAAGAAAGAAUAAUACCAGUUGAUAAUAAAAAAAAAAAUAAUAUAGAAAAAAAACCUGUAUCAAUUGAGGAUGAUGAUGAUGAUCAUGAUGAUUACUUGUUGUAUCUGGAAGAUAUAUUAAGAAGAAUUCAUUCAGAAUUUUAUGAUAAUAUUGAAAAAAAUCAACGAAAGCCAUUAAAAGAAAUUAUUCCAAAUGUUAGAGCAAGAGUUUUAAAAGGUUUACAAUUAACAUUCAGUGGAUUGGUACCAACUAAUCAAAAUUUAUAUCAAAGUAGACCAUACAAAGUUGCUCGAGCAUUUGGAGCAGAUGUAUCAGAGGAUUUGGAUGAUAAAACAACUCAUCUUGUUGCUAUUCAACCAGGCACAGCUAAAGUUCAUGCAGCUAAAAAAUAUAAUAAAAUUAAAAUUGUCAAUUCAGAUUGGCUAUGGUCUUGUGCUGAAAGAUGGGAGCUAGUUGAUGAACGACUUUAUCCAUUAUCAUUGAAGGCACGAGGAUCAAGAGUACCACCUCCACAUUGUAGUAGUCCUGGUCGAGUAGAGGAGAAUAUUGUUAAUUACACAUUUGCAAGUAGCAUAAAUCCUCUGAUGUCAUUUACAAAAGAAGAAAUUGACGACAUGGGUAACGAAGUUGAAGAGGACAUGAGUGAAUCUGAAAUGGACAACACAAAUGUUACUCCUGAUGAUUCACCAACAAAAAGGGACUACAAUGACGAUAGUGAUUCAUCAGAUGACUGUGAAGGAGCACCAGCAAAACGUGUCAAAGUAUCAAGCAAAGAUUUAUCAAAUGAUUCAGAUGAUGAUGAUGACGAUGAUAAUACAAAUGCAGUUUAUGGUGAGCCAAAUAUUGGUGAAGAUGAAAAUGAUGAUGCUGAUGAAGACAAAGAAGAUAAAGAUGACGAAGAAGAUCCAGUUACAAUAUUUCGUAGAGGUGGAGGUUUACCAGAUUAUCUUGAUCUUGGUGAUAAUUCACAAGACUCAGUUGAUCCCGAGGAUGAUGAUUAUGCUGAUGAAGAUGACGGUGAAUGGAAUGAAAUGGGUGCUGCUCUUGAAAGAGGUUUUUUGUCUGAUUAAAAAUUAAUUUAUAUUUUUUAAAAAAUUAAAAAUUUUGACUAUUAAAUGUUCUGUGAUUAAACAUUAUACGACGAACAAUCAGAUUGUAAAAUUAUAAAAGAAAAAUGUAAAUUUAUCAAUUGAACAUACUUGUAUUUGAAUUUAAAAGUAACUCUUCAUUUAAGUAUUGUUUUAAUAAAAAAAAAAACGUUUGAAUUGUUAACAAUCAUAAAAUUAAAAUUGUAUUGUUUUUUUUUUUUUUUUUUAAAUUAUUAUUAACAUUGUUUUUAAUGUAAAAAUAAAUGAUUGAAUGAA